GGAUGGUGCUGACAGCGAGGGGAGACAGACGGCCAAUAUUAUACGUUUGAAUGGAUCACCGGGCCAGGUGAACUCCCAAUCUUACACGGGGUGGAACACCAAUUCUCCGUUCUUCUUUUUUUGGAGGAAGACGACGCUGCCAGGGCCGAGGACGACGUGAACAUUACUGAUGGAAUUCCCAGUCGCUGCUCGAUGGAGAAACCGAAAGGGUGGACUCGUUAUUAAUAAUUAAAAACCCUCCCCUCAUCUGCUGCUAAAAGAGAAGGAAAAUGCAUCUGCACCAGGUGCUGACGGGAGCAGUAAACCCUGGCGAUUGCUGCUAUUCAGUCGGGAGCGUGAAUGACAUUCCCUUCACGGCUUACGGCUCAGGGUGUGAUGUGGUGAUCUUGGCGAGCGAUUUUGACAGUGUACAGAUAAUCCCUGGAGCUCAGAAUGGGAACAUACAGGUGGGCUGUGUGGAGUGUUCCCACCAGCUUGGCAGGAUUGCUGCGUCCUAUGGAAACACAGUCUGCAUCUUUGAACCUCUUUCUACCAACCCAAACAAACGCCACAAGAAGCUUAGCUAUCAGUGGCAAAAGACAGGACAGUUCUUCCUUGAUGCCAUCACCUACAACCUGGCCUGGGACCCACAAGGGAACCGUAUCCUAGCAGCAACCGAACGGCUCCAGCUGUGGGCUCCUCCGCUUACAGAUGCCCUGAUAGAAGAGGAGGAUGGGCAGCUGACAGAGGACAAGCCCCACCCUGUCCUCAAUGACUGGAACUGUGUCUGGCAGUGCAAGACUGCUGCGUCUGUUCACAUUGCCAAGUGGUCUCCUGACGGGGAGUACUUUGCAACCGUUGGGAAGGAUGACUGUUUACUCAAGGUGUGGUAUCCCACCACGGGCUGGCGUUCUGCAGUGGUGGUCCAGGACCCUUAUGAUAAAAAGUCUCCCCUCGUCCACUUCUCCUUUGUUUAUCUGGCUCACCCUCGCUCGGUCACUGGCAUGUCCUGGAGGAAGACCAGCAAGUACAUGCCAAAGGGUUCAGUGUGCAAUGUCCUGCUGACAUCCUGCGAGGAUGGUGUGUGUAGGCUGUGGUCUGAGACCCUGCUACCAGAAGACAGCCAGCUUGGGGGACAGAUAUCUGAGAACACACACUCCUUCAGCUCCAGCCUGCCAGGCCUGGCAGGAAACAAGGACAAGAUCCAGCAUGCUUUGGAGUCAAUCCACCACCUGAAGCAUCUGCGUCGUGGUCGUCGACGGUCCUCUGCUCUGGUGGCUCACAGUGAGCUGCUGCCCUCCCAGCUUGGCACACAGGACGCACACACUCACCGCCACAUCGCACACCAUGCCAACGCCCUGUGUCACUUCCAUAUCUCGGCCAGUAUUAACCCCAACACAGAUAUCCCAUCAAUUCUUGCUGAUUCUGCAGUGUUCAACCCAGACGAUGGCUCUGGUGGUGGAGGCUUUGUGGUCCACUGGCUUAACAACAAGGACCUCAGUUUCACUUCCUCCAUGGACCUCUUCAUGCUGCAGCUCCGUAAGUUCUCUGAACAGCAGCUGGACCAGACUACUGAGGACCCCCUGGACCCCGAGGGAUCACAGAUGAAGUUUGACUUUGACCUGGACGAGAUGUCUGACAAAGCGUCUUCAGAGCAGGGGGAAGAGGGGGAGCCAGGGGAGCAGGGAAGCACCAAGGCAUCCUCCCCUGGAUCCAGCUCCAGCAUGCCUCUGCCCUCCAUGCUGCUGGAGAGGAAGAUGGAGACCCUGAUCACAGAGUGGAACAAGAGCCCUGACAUGAUGUUCACAAUCCACCCUGCUGAUGGAUCCUUCCUGGUGUGGCAUGUGAAGUACCUGGACGAAUUCAACCAGGGAAUCUUUAGACAGGUCCAGGUGUCCUUCUCCUCCCGUAUUCCUGUUGCUUUUCCUACCGGCGAUGCCAACUCUCUGAGUAAGAACAUUCUGAUGUACGCCUGCACUUUGACCGAGACUGACAGUUCGAGCUCAGGGGAGCAGGGGAGGAUGGCCGCACGUGUGUCCCACUCUGCUUCGCUCUCAGUAGGCCUGGGUUCACCCGCCCUAGCAUCGUCUCCCAGCCCUCACCCUGGCAUCACUCCUGCUGUCAUGAUGGUCUCCAAGCAUGUAGAUGGAUCUCUAAACCAGUGGGCGGUGACAUUUGCUGAGCGUUCUGCCUUCUCCAAUGUACUGACCGUGUCUCACAAGUUCCGGUACUGUGGCCACCGCUUCCAUCUGAACGACCAAGCCUGUCACACAGUGCUGCCUCUGCUGCUAACGUCCUCUCACCAUAAUGCCCUGCUCACCCCGCCCUCAGCCCCAGGCAGCCUGGAAGGAGAGCAGCCUCAAACCUUUCCCCUCCCAAAAGGUCUACCAAGCAGGAAGCAGCUCCGUAAUGCAGCUACAAGGACCUUCCACGAUCCCAAUGCUAUCUACAGUGAGCUCAUCUUGUGGAGGGUGGACCACAUCGGGCCCCUGUCCUGCACUGGAGGGGUCUCUGAACUGGCCCGUAUCAAUUCUCUGCACACCUCUGCCUUCAGCAAUGUUGCUUGGCUGCCGACACUCAUACCCAGCUCUGUGCUUGGAACUUACUGUAACAGUGCCAGCGCCUGCUUCGUGGCAUCAGAUGGUAAAAACCUGCGUCUCUAUCAAGCUGUGGUGGAUGCCAGAAAGCUACUGGAUGAGCUGUCAGAUCCUGAAACGUCUAAACUAGUGGGCGAAGUGUUCAACAUCGUCAGCCAGCAGUCCACUGCCAGACCUGGAUGUAUCAUAGAGUUGGACGUCAUUACAAACCAGUGUGGCGCCACCACCCAGCUGCUGCACGUCUUCCAAGAGGACUUUAUCCUUGGCUACAAGCCUCACAAUGAACCAGAGGCAUACACUCCGGCCUUCCCAUGUGGUGAAGAUAUCCAGCCGGCCCCAUUUUCUGAGAAGUUCUUCCUGGUGGUGAUAGAAAAGGAUCUGAACAGGAAUUCUGUCUUGCAGAUGUGGCAUCUGCACCUAAAAUCUGUGCAGGCUUGUGUUGAUGAGCCCAGCCCAGAUUUUAGCUUCCAGAGCCAGCUCAUGGUUCCAAAUCAGGCUGUGAAUCCUGACUCGUCUCCAGAGACGUCACCGGUGAGACCCCUGCCACGGUCAUCCUCCACAGCCAACCUGCAAUCAGCCAGCAAACUCAUCCUCAGCUCCAAGCUGGUGUACAGCAAGCGUCUAGACCUGCCCCACGGGGUGGAGGUUACCAGGGCAACCCCCUCUGCAGGUCAUCUGAGUUCCUCCUCUAUCUACCCCGUGUGCCUGGCUCCAUACCUGAUUGUUACUACCUGCUCUGACUCUCGCGUGCGGUUCUGGCGCUGUGCUGUGGAGGGUGAUGAAGGUUUUAGUGAGGAUGACAGAGACAACCGUGCGUACCGCUGGGAGCCAUGGGUCCUGAUGAAUGAGGAGGAGGACAACAACAGCGCUGUUAGCGUGUCAGGCCGGCCUGUAGCCGUUUCCUGCUCCUACAUCGGCAGGCUAGCUGUGGCCUUUAAAAAGCCACGACAAGGACAGCUGCAGGGCUCUGGAGAGGAUUUCUCCAUGCAUGUCUCCAUCUAUGAGUGUGAGUCGACUGGUGGAUCUGAGUGGGUUUUAGAGCAGACUCUCCAUCUAGAUGACUUUACCAGACCCACUUCAACGCUGGAUCCCAGAGUCAGUGUGGACUCCAACCUCUUUGUCUACAGCAGGUCUGACCUGUACAUGACCAGAGACCACAGCUCCCCCAACAUAAAGCACUACGUCCACCUAGACUGGCUGUCCAAGGAGGACGGCUCUCACAUCCUCACUGUGGGAGUGGGAUCCAACAUUCUCAUGUACGGCCGCAUCUCGGGCAUGGUCAAUGAGCAGACGAGCAGCAAGGAGGGGGUGGCUGUCAUCACCCUCCCUCUAGGGGGCAGCAUCAAACAGGGCAUCCGCUCACGCUGGAUCCUGCUGCGGUCCGUGGACCUCCUGUCCUCUGUGGACGGCACACCAUCUCUGCCGGUCUCCCUCUCCUGGGUGAGGGACGGCAUCCUGGUGGUGGGCAUGGACUGUGAGAUGCACGUGUACGCUCAGUGGCAUCAGGACAAGAAGCCUGGAGAGGGAGAUGAGGGCAACCUAUCAUGUGGGGACAUUGCUGGAGGACAAACCACAGGUUCCUCCUCAGUUUUUGAGGGGAGGGCAAGGUCCAAGAGUGUGUUUGAAGGGAAUACUGCAGUGGAUGAGGCCCUUCGAGCCCCGACAGGACUUCAGGAAGGGGGACUGUUUGAGGCAGCUCAUUCCCUGUCCCCGACUCUUCCCCAGUACCAUCCCACCCAGCUGCUGGAACUCAUGGACCUGGGCAAGGUUCGCCGGGCCAAGGCCAUCCUAGCUCACCUGGUGAAGUGCAUUGCUGGUGAAGUUGCAGUGGUGAGAGAUGUGGAGGCAGGUGAGGGCGGUUCCAGGAGACAUCUGUCCAGGACCAUCAGUGUGACUGGAAGCACAGCAAAGGACACCAUUGUAGCAGGCCGUGACGGAGGCAGAGACUACACAGAGAUCAACUCUAUCCCUCCCCUGCCCCUCUAUUCUCUCAUGUUGGCUGACCUGGACACCUCAUAUAAGGGAGCGGAGGAGGGGGGCAAGGGAGCAAAGGUGUCUGAUGGUGAUGGAGCCAAGAAGUCUGGAGAGGACCAGUAUUCUGAUCUUUUCCAGGUGCCAACGGUUACCACCGAUGACUUUGUGAACUUUGCCACUGACAAACCAGAGAAGAAGUCUCGAGUUAUCAACCUCUCUCAGUAUGGACCGACCUACUUCGGACCCGAGCAUGCUCAGGUUUUGUCCAGUCACCUCAUGCACUCCAGCCUGCCAGGACUGACCAGACUCGAGCAGAUGUUCUUGGUGGCCUUGGCUGAUACAGUAGCAACCACCAGUGCUGAGGUCGCCAGCUCCACUGAUCAGAAGUACACAGGUGCUGAGGCUCUCGAUGAGUGUGGAUUGAGGUAUCUGCUGGCCAUGCGGCUUCACACCUGCCUGCUCACCUCUCUGCCCCCCCUCUACCGCAUGCAGCUGCUCCAUCAGGGUCUAUCAACAUGCCAUUUUGCGUGGGCCUUCCAUUCGGAGGCAGAAGAAGAGCUGCUGAACAUGAUCCCUGCCAUGCAGAGAGGCGACCCGCAGUGGUCUGAGCUCAGAGCGGUGGGAGUGGGAUGGUGGAUACGUAACAUCAACACUUUGCGGAAAAUUGUUGAAAAGAUCGGUAAAGCUGCGUUCCAGAGACACAACGACCCGUUAGAUGCUGCUCUGUUCUUCUUGGCCAUGAAGAAGAAAGCUGUCUUGUGGGGCUUGUUCAGGUCUCAGCACGAUGAUAAGAUGACUCAGUUCUUUAAGAAUAACUUCAGUGAGGACCGCUGGAGGAAGGCAGCUCUGAAAAAUGCUUUCUCCCUGCUGGGGAAACAACGCUUUGAACAGUCGGCCGCUUUUUUCCUGCUGGCUGGAUCGCUCAAAGACGCCAUAGAGGUGUUGCUGGAGAAGAUGGAGGAUCUCCAGCUCGCCAUGAUAGUAGCCAGGCUGUAUGAAGCUGACUUUGAGAACUCAUCCACCUGCCAAGGCCUCCUUUACGAGAAGGUCCUCGGCUGUAACAAGGAUGGAAGUGGUUACCACUGUUCGAGACUGCACCCUGACCCUUUCCUCCGCAGCAUAGCUUACUGGAUCAUGAAGGAUUACACCCAAGCCCUCGACACGCUGUUGGAGCGAAUCCCCAAAGAGGAUGAUGAGAAACCUGAUAUAAUGGUGAAAUCAUGCAACCCUGUGGUAUUUAGUUUCUAUAACUACCUGAGGACACACCCACUGAUCAUCCGUCGCCACUUUGCAAAUCCAGAGGGCACAGCCGCUACAGUGGGCCUCACUGCUGAGAAGAGCAGUGCAGAUGAGAUAAACCUUAUAGAGCGCAAAUUGUUUUUCACCACAGCGAAUGCACAUUUCAAGGUGGGCUGUCCUGUUCUAGCUCUUGAAGUACUCUCCAAAAUUCCCAAAGUUACCAAGAAAUCCAGCUCGUCACCUACCAGUAAAGCUUCAUCAAAAGCAAACUUGACCUCCAGCCAACCUGUGGAAAAUGGCACCCAGGGAAGUGUGGACUGGGGCUUCCCAUCAGCCCCUGCCCCGGCAUGGGGAGGGAAUGACAGUGCAGGAGGGUUAGACUGGAGCCAGCCUUUGGUCAAGGUGGAAGAUGAUGGACUGAAGCUGGACUGGGAGGAUGACAAAGAUGAGGACUCAGAGGAGGAGGAGGAUGAUGAUGGUGGUCUGACCAUGAAGAAACCAGAGGCUGAGACCAAAGACGGAGGCACAGAGAGCGGGGGCGACAAACUGCAGAGAGAGAACUCACAGUGCGAGUCAGAGGUGGAUGUGAUAGCGGAGCAGCUGAAGUUCCGUGCCUGUCUGAAGAUCCUGAUGACAGAGCUGCGUACGCUGGCUACAGGCUUUGAGGUGGAUGGAGGGAAGCUCCGCUUUCAACUCUACAGUUGGCUGGAGAAGGAGAUAGCAGCCAUGCAUACGAUCUGCAACUAUACGGUGGAGGGGAAGGAGGAAGAUUCAGAGAUCGAGCGUUGGGGAGAGCGCGCAGCGUCAGUUGACAUAUCAGAUGACGCCUUUGAGCGUACAGACGCCGGGGCCUACGAACGUCACCAGAUGGAGCGACGCCGUCUUCAGGCCAAGCAGCAGCACUCUGAGAGGCGCAAGGCGUGGCUGAGGAAGAACCAGGCCCUGCUCAGGGUUUUUCUGUCCUACUGCAGCCUUCAUGGAGCCAAGGGAGGAGGAGUCACGUCUGUCCGUAUGGAGCUGCUGUUCCUUCUGCAGGAGAGCCAGCAGGAGACCACAGUGAAGCAGCUGCAGUCUCCUCUCCCUCUGCCCACUACACUGCCUCUGCUAUCAGCUUGCAUUGCCACCACCAAGACAGUCAUAGCUAAUCCUGUCCUCCACCUCAGCAACCACAUUCACGACAUCCUCCACACAGUCAUGCUCAUGGAGGUUCCACCACAUCCCGAACUCAUGGAUGAUCGGGUCAAUACUCUGCACACACUAGCAGCAUCUCUAUCUGCUUGUGUCUAUCAAGCACUGUGUGACAGCCACAGCUACAGCAGCCAGACAGAGGCCAACCAGUUUACAGGGAUGGUGUACCAGGGCCUAUUGCUCAGUGAAAGAAAACGACUCCGUACAGAAAGCAUCGAAGAACAUAUCACUCCCAACUCUGCUCCAGCACAGUGGCCAGGUGUGUCAUCCCUGAUUUCUCUGUUGACGUCUGCGAGAGAGGAGGACCAGCCAAGGCUCAACGUGUUGCUGUGUGAAGCAGUCGUUGCUGUUUACCUUGCACUCCUCAUCCACGGCCUGGGCACUCACAGCUGCAAUGAACUCUUCCGGCUGGCAGCACAUCCCCUCAACAACCGCGUGUGGGCCGCUGUCUUUGGGGGAGGGGCCAAAGUCAUUAUCAAGCCAAAGAGGCCCGAGGCCCCACCAGUGCCAGCUGAUUUUGAGGCAGCCAGGCCAGACGAGUCUCAGGACACAGGAAGACCUGAGCAGAGCAGCCUCACCCAAAACCCCACCCCCAUCCCCACUGAAACCCAACGCCCCAAACGACCCCCUCCUCCCAUUUCAAGGGGAGAGGGGUCUGGCACUGUGGCCCAAGCAACUCAGGCCAGCUUUACCCCCCCUCAGCCUGCAGCAGAGGAUUCAGACCGAUACAGACGGAGGUUUAACAUGAGGAUGUUGGUUCCGGGACGCCCUGUUAAGGAGACGCCAGUCACGCCGCCUCCUGUUCCAGUCGAGAGACCCGCAUACAGAGAGAAAUUCAUCCCCCCAGAACUGAGCAUGUGGGACUACUUUGUGGCCAAACCCUUCCUGCCACUGUCAGACAGCAGCGCUCUGUAUGACUCAGACGAGAGCGGCACAGAGGAAGAUGAAGAUGAUGAUGACGCCUUCCUUUCUGAUACACAGAUAACGGAGCACCUUGAUCCCAACUCCUACAGCUGGGCUCUGAUCCGCCUGGUGAUGGUGAAACUGGCUCAUCACAACGUCAAGAACUUCCUCCCUCUCACUGGCCUUGACUUCACAGACCUGCCAGUCACCUCCCCUCUCAGCAAUGCCGUGUUGAAGACUUUAGAGAACUGGGAGCAGCUUCUGCUGGAGCGAAUGAACAAGUUCGAUGGCCCGCCUCCCAACUACAUCAACACUUUCCCCACUGACCUCAGCGCAGGAGGCGGCCCUGCUAUACUCCGACACAAAGCCAUGCUGGAGCCAGACAACACGCCCUUCAAGACAAAGAACCAUCAGUCCUUCCCAGCCCGACGUCUCUGGCAUUUCCUGGUCAAACAGGAAGUUCUUCAGGAGACUUUAAUACGUUACAUCUUUACUAAGAAGAGGAAGCAGAGUGAGUCUGUAGAGAACCAUAUGGACCAUAUAAGCCCAAACUGCAUAGCUGGAGCUAGCAGUCAUAAUAAGGUGGAGGCAGAUCUGGGCUACCCAGGAGGAAAGGCUAAAAUCAUUCAUAAGGAGUCUGAUAUCAUCAUGGCGUUUGCCAUCAACAGGGCCAACUCCAAUGAGAUCGUUUUGGCCUCCACUCAUGAUGUGCAGGAGGUGGAUGUGUCCAGUCUGGUGGCUGUCCAGCCCUUCACCUGGAUCGGGGAUGACUUUGAUAAGGAGUCGCGCAGCUCUGACGACAUAGACCAUCGUUCUUCUCAGACCAACAUCGCCCAGACGAGCUCCGUCCCCUUUGCACCACCGCAGAUGCAGGUCUCUGCGUCCAUGCCGUGGCUCGGCAGUGGGCAAACCAGCAUGGGAGCAAGUGUGAUCAUGAAGAGGAAUCUGAACAAUGUGAAGAGGAUGACAUCCCAUCCCAUAUAUCAGUAUUACAUGACAGGCGCUCAGGACGGCAGUGUGAGAAUGUUUGAAUGGAACAGACCUCAGCAGCUCAUUUGCUUCAGACAAGCAGGCAAUGCCAGAGUAACCCGGCUUUAUUUCAACUCCCAAGGCAAUAAGUGUGGAGUUGCUGACGGCGAGGGCUUCCUCAGUCUCUGGCAGGUCAACCAGACGUCCUCCAACCCCAAACCCUACCUGAGCUGGCAGUGCCACACUAAGACCUGCGGUGACUUUGCCUUCGUCACCUCCUCCAGCCUCAUCGCUACAGCCGGACAGUCCAACGAUAACAGAAACGUUUGCCUAUGGGAUACUCUGAUUUCCCCGAGCAAUACCAUGGUUCACGCGUUCCCCUGCCAUGAGAACGGGGCCACAGUGCUGCAGUAUGCUCCUAAACAGCAGCUGCUGAUCACUGGAGGCCGGAAGGGCUUUGUGUGCGUGUUCGACAUCCGCCAGAGGCAGCUGCUGCACACUUUCCAGGCCCAUGACUCAGCCAUCAAAGCCCUCGCACUGGAUGCCUUCGAGGACUUCUUCGUCACCGGCUCUGCAGAGGGCAACAUGAAGGUGUGGAAGUUAGCUGGACACGGGCUCAUGCACUCUUUUAGCACCGAGCAUGCCAAGCAGUCCAUCUUCCGCAAUAUUGGCGCGGGUGUGAUGCAGGUGGAGACGCGACCCGGUAACCGCAUCUUCACCUGCGGAGCAGACGGCACCCUGAAGAUGAGGGUCCUCCCCGACCGCUACAACAUCCCAAGCAGCUUGGUCGACAUUCUGUAACGCCCAUUUCCACUUCUGAGCGUCCAAAGAAAGAGACGGAAAGAAAACACAUAAAAUGCUUAUGUAACACUCGCUAGGCAUUUAUAGUUUAACUGAUGGGGGAAGAGUUAGUCAAAAGAUCGCCACUCUUUGGGCGUCUUUCAGAGUGUGCAGUGUUACCGGGUUUACUGUUGACGUAAAUCAAAUCAAGAAUGAAAAAACAGAGCUGCAAAUCUUUUUUGUCCCAAAGGCUGAAAGCGAAGUUACAAGCAAAAGGUAUCAUACUUGAUUUUAAAGCUAGAUUUAUUGUCAUUUUAUUGAAGAAUCUCUACUCUUAGAGUGUGUCCAUAGGGAAGCUAUGCAUGUCCUGUUCUCGUUCCGCGGUGCAAUCACAGGUCUAUUGAUAGUGCUCUGUAAAAGUGCUCAAGCAAAAAUUUUAAAAAAGUGUGUAACUGUCGUCAUUUUGUGCCCACUGCAGAAAUCUCUUAGCAUCUACUGUAACCAGCACUGUGGUUUGUUCUUAAGUCAGUGGUUUCCGGUGUGAAUCGAAGUUGUUGGAAUCUGCAUUUUGUUUCAAUGGUUUUGCCCCGACCCCUGCCUUUUUGCCCGGCUUUUCUCAGCCCCUAUGGAAGAGUUGAUGGUGCAUUGCUCCUGUAGUGAAACCCCUCCCAACCCCCCUCUCACUGGCUGCCCGUCACUCACUCCAGCCUCUCCUGGUUUGGGCUCGACCCAGCCCGGUUCUGGUCCUGGAGUGCGUGCUCACUCUGCUGUGUCUGCCAUCUGUACGCCUGCCCUCAAAUGCCUGUUUGUGCGGCAGACUCACUGCUAGAACAUUCCUGUUUGGAAGAUGACGUGUUUUAUUCCUGUGGCUGUGAUUUCAAUGUUUCCAUCUGUCUGGUCCGAACCCGAACACCCACCCACCCACCCAGAGCAGAAACACAAAGGUUCACUUCUGGUUUUGCACAAGAUACCCUUGAAUUUGUGUUAUUUUUUUAAAAUUGAUUUUAUUAUUCAUUUGAUUUCUAUGUUUGUGUUUGUUUGGUUGACCAUUCCUUUGUAAAACUAUUUAACGUAUUGCCUUUUAUUUUUAGGAAUGUAAGGGGUUUUACUGUAUCUGAUUGGGAGAUGUGCAACACAGUCUACUGUAUGUACGUGUGUGUUACCUCGCUAGUCGUUUUUACUGUUUCAUCCAUAAGGAAUAGAUAAUUGCACUCAAAUUCUGGAGACACUAAAAGUUUAUUUCAAAUAAAUAGAAUAUGGAAGAAGAAACUGUUCUAUACAAAUGAAUGUCUGGCUUUAUUUGGCCUAGUAGUAAAACGUUUGAAAUAGUUUUAAUAUAUAAAUGAUAUAAAUAUAUAUAUAUAUAUAUGAAAUACCACAACAGCUUGUACAAACAUGAAAGCGUUUCUUUAUUUUUUGGUUUGUAUCAUACCAGCUGGAUUAGUUGUAACUUUUGUUAGGUGUAUGUAUGGUAUUUAUUAAAGAGAUUUGUGUUUCUCUCCCUCUUUCUGCCCACUAUGUGUAUUGUAUGUAACUUAAGUGUUUUACCGAUGGUCCUACUGGUGUCUGGUGCGUAUGUGUGUGUGCAUGUAAUAAUGCAAAAGAAGCCAAUAUCAUGGGUAGACGCUUCCUUGGGCACUUGAGCCUGGAGGUGUGUGAGAGAACAGGUCAUGGUCAGAGUUUUACCUUUGUAAAGUGAAUAAAUUCUUUUUAUUUCAUCA